AUGGAAGAACAACUGAAAAACCUGGAGAAAAGGAUCGAAGAGCAGAAUGAAAAGCUUGAAGAUCAAAACAGAAAGAUGGAUCAGAAAUUUGAUGAACUUUUGAAGGUGAUGCAGUCAUUCAAGGAUUCAUCUGAUUCUCACUCUACAGGCAGUCACAAUGAUAGAAAUCCUCACAGCAGAACAUUAGGUAUGAACCCUAAGCUAUCAUUUCCUAAAUUUGAUGGUAGUAAUCCUAGAAUUUGGGUUAAAAAGUGCUGCAAAUAUUUUGAUUUGUGCAAAAUUGCGGAGGAUCAAAGGGUGGACUUAGCUUCACUGAAUAUGGUUGAAAAAGCUGGGGGAUGGGUAAUGAACUAUCUGUCUGUUAGGAAACACAUGAUGGUAGAAUGGAAUGAUUUUGUUGCUGAUUUGUAUGCUAGAUUUAGGGACAAUUCUGCCUUAAAUGUGGUUGAAACCUUCAAUAAACUGCAGCAACUCAGUACAAUAGAGGAGUAUAUUGAUGAGUUUGAGAAUCUGAGAUCUAUCAUGUUGAUGAAUAAUCAUAUACUUCCUGAUUCAUAUAUGCUAGAGAGUUUUAUUGGGGGAUUAAAACCUGCUGUGAAGCCUUUUGUUAAAGCUUUCAAACCCAAUACGAUUGCUGAAGCCAUUGAUCUAGCUAGAUUACAGGAAGAAAACCUUGAAGCAUUCACCCACAAAACUCAGAAAACACCAAUAUACAACCCAAAACCAUUACAAGCUGUUCCACUACUACCAAACCAUAAACCACCACUGUUACCAACCCCUGUAACCAAGCCAAACACAAGCCUAACCCUCACAAAAUACCCUCAACAAAGAACAAGAAAUUUCAGAUAUAUACCUGCUGAUGUAAGGCAAGAAAAAAUUGCAAAGGGUUUGUGUUACUACUGUGACUCACCCUAUGAUAGGAACUACAAAUGCCAAUUUAGGGAACCCCAGCUGUUCACUGUUGAAAUUCCAGGUGAUCAGAUUGAGGAGCUUAGUGAUUCAGAAGAUCAGGAGUUGAUUGAAAAGGAAAUGAGUGAACCCCAAAUCUCUGUGAGUGCUUUGGCAGGUAGUCAAGGGUUCAGUACUAUGAGAGUAAGGGGAUUGGUGAAAGGGAAAUCACUACAAAUCUUGGUAGAUUCUGGGAGUACACACAAUUUUGUGGAUCUAGAAUUUGCCAAAAAGCUGGGAUGUAAAUUAGACAAAAUUCCAGCUCAAGUCAUUACAGUGGCUGAUGGGAAUCACCUUGCUUGCCAACACAGUUGCCAUGGGUUUACUUGGACAAUGCAGGGGGUGACUUUUGUAACAGAUGUGUUGUUGAUUCCUCUUGGGAGCUGUGAUAUGGUUCUUGGAAUACAAUGGCUGAGCUUACUUGGUCCUAUCAGUUGGGAUUUCAACAAGCUGAGAAUGGAAUUCUGUUUAGAUGGUAAGCAAAUUAUGCUUAAGGGAUUACCCACUAAGAAAUUGAAAGUGGUUGAGGGUGAGCCUUCUGCCAAACUCUUCUCUACAGCUGCACAGUUAUGCUUAAUGCAGGUGGUAGAUCAGACAUGUUUGGUCACAGAAAUUCAACAGGAAAAACAGGAGUAUGAGGAAUUGAAUGAACUCAAGUUAACUUACAGUAUGGUGUUUGAAGAACCCAAUGACUUGCCACCUGUAAGGGGAGUGUUUGAUCACUCUAUACCAUUGACUCCUGGUACAACCCCUGUGAACAUUAGACCUUACAGGUACCCUUUAAAACAAAGGGAUGUCAUUGAACAGCUUGUUCAGGAAAUGCUGGAUAGGGGGAUUAUCCAACCUAGUUCUAGUCCAUUUGCAUCACCAGUGGUGUUGGUGGGGAAAAAAGAUGGUACCUGGAGAUUGUGUGUAGAUUACAGGGAGCUAAACAGCAAAACAAUCAAGAACAAGUUCCCAAUUCCUAUAAUUGAUGAACUAAUUGAUGAACUGUCAGGGGCAACAGUGUUCAACAAGCUUGAUUUGAGGGCAGGAUAUCAUCAGAUGAGGGUCAAAGAGGAUGAUGUCUACAAAACAGCUUUUAAAACACACACAGGGCACUAUGAAUUCUUGGUCAUGCCAUUUGGGUUGACCAAUGCUCCUGCUUCCUUUCAGAAUUGGAUGAACCAAGUCUUUAAACCUUUACUUAGGAAAUGUGUUUUGGUGUUUUUUGAUGAUAUACUGGUAUACAGCAAAUCAUUAGAGGACCAUUGGAUGCACCUCACUAUGGUUUUUGAUAUCAUGAAGGCUAAUCAGAUGUAUGCUAAGUUGAGUAAGUGCAUUUUUGCCACUAAGAAAGUGGAGUAUUUGGGCCAUUUUAUCUCUGAAAAUGGAGUUCACACAGAUCCACAGAAGAUUGCUGCAGUAAACAGUUGGCCAGUACCUUCUACAGUUAAGGAACUUAGGGGAUUUCUUGGUUUAGCUGGCUAUUACAGGAAGUUUGUUAAAGGAUAUGCUGUCAUCAGCAAGCCUCUCACUGAACAACUCAAAAAGAAUAGUUUCCUGUGGAAUGAUCAAGCUCAGAAUGCUUUUGAGACACUUAAGCUAGCAUUAGUGACAGCACCAGUGUUAGCAGUUCCUAAUUUUGACAAGCAAUUUAUUGUUGAAACAGAUGCAUCCAAAACAGGUAUUGGAGCAGUAUUGAUGCAAGAGGGACACCCUUUGGCAUUUAUCAGUAGAGCUUUGGGCCCCAAGUGGCAGAAACUUUCAGUUUAUGAAAAAGAACUUUUAGCCAUUGUGUUUGCUGUACAAAAGUGGAGCAGUAUCUCAUGGGAAAUCAUUUCCUUAUUAAGACAGAUCAAAAGAGCUUGA